UAUCUCAACAAUGAAGUUUCUAAUACUCGUUGUCCUGGUAGCCUCCACUUACGGAAUACCUCAGGGGUACCAACUGCCUGACGGUAAUGGGUUUGCCACAGGUUCAGAAGAGUCUUUUGGAGAAGAUUCGCACGAGAAGGAACAUGCAGGAGGGAAUGGUGGCUCUGUCGGCGGUUGCAAGGAAGGAGAAAUCUUGCACGUAGAUGGGACUUGCGCAACUCCUAUAAUUACCAGAAAAGUAUAUUUGUACGAUCCCCCUGAUAUCCCAGCAGGACCCAUUGGGCCGCCACCUAGUGCACCACCGCCGAAGGUAGAUCGCAAUGUCUUUUUAGUAAGCCUUCCUAAAAAGACACCACCGCUGGAACCCAUUAUUGUUCCUCCACCAAGGCAAACAAGCAUCGUUUAUGUCCUGAACAAGAAGGAGGAAGAGGUUCCAAAGGUGGUCGAGGUCGAAGCACCCCCAGCGUCCAACCCUGAGGUCUAUUUCGUCAAUUACCAGGAAGGAGAAAACCCAACUCUUCCAAUUGGGGUUGACCUCGAGACUGCGCUCAGUGCUGCCGUAGGAGCCGGUGAGGUCCUUGGAGCAGCUGCAGGCUUUGGAAAUGCUGCAGAUGGAUUUGAUGAUGGCUUUGGAGGCGACACAGGAUUUGGUAAUAAUGGUCUACCAGGUGAUAGCGGUUUUACAGGCGGAGCGGUCAAUGGAUUUGUUGGUAGUAAUGGUGUCUCCUUUGGAACUAAUGGCGGAGUUGGCAGUGCCGAAGGAGGAGUAGGUGAUGGAGUUAUCGUUGCCGGAAUAAGUGAAGGUUUUGAUGGCAGUAAUGGAGGCUUCGGCUCGCAAAUUCCAUCAGGUCUAUAUUCCAGAAAAUAAGCCACUAAACUAUGACAUAAUGCCAUCUAUUAUUGCAGUACUCGUUUUGUUAUUGUUAAUACAUAGCAGCCCAGAAACAUGUUAUUUCGAUCACAAUAAAUGUUAUUGUAAACAUUUA